AUGGCAGGCAAGGCCCCCAACACACGUUCCUAUGGAGCUGCGGCUACGGCCCCGCCUCCCUCCAACUAUGGAGGGCGAGGCGCAUAUAAUCCAGACAGCCUCUUUUCGGGGGCUCGCGAUUGGCAAAAUGAUGACGUAGAGGCGUUGGCUUCAGACCAGCGUUCGCGGCUUCUUCACACAAACGAACGCCUCGACGACCACAGCGACCGCCUCGCCCGAGCCCACCGCACGGCGCUGCAGAGCGAGCAGAUCGGGUACGAGAUUCAGGGCCAGCUGAGGGAGGACCGGGAGAAACUCGAACGAGCCUACGGCAAGGUGCAAGAUGUCAAUGACAACAUGAAGACCACGCGAACGAUUUUGCUAGGCAUGAGCAGGAGGGUGAUCACCAACAAGAUCAUCCUGGUGCUCAUCAUCCUCCUGCUCAUCGCCUCCAUCGGCGUCAUCAUCUACCUCAAGUGGGGCCGAGGGCUGAUCAACCAGAUCAGCUGA